ACGUGGGGAUUUAUUGUUGGUGAAUUGUGCUGCAGAGGACGACUAUUGCUGUUCACAUAUUGGAUGGUUCCUUUGACUCGGCUGAAACGGCUCUUCCUCUGACAGUUGUUUCCUCGCUUGAUGAUAGAAAACAGGAUAAACAGCCCUCCACAAUCUGGCCCAUCGAGAAUACUUUUCCAGGAUAGAGGCAAAUGUCAGCAGUUCACCGGCAGUCGUCGAGAUGUGAGAAGGGGUCAUGCCUCUGAUCAAGAGAAACAUCGACCCUCGUCACCUGUGCCAAGGUGCAGUGCCUGAUGGGAUUGGCAACGAGCUGGAAUGUGUGACAAAUAACUCGCUGUCUGCCAUCAUCCGUCAGCUCAGCUGUCUGAGUAAGCAUGCAGAAAACGUGUUUGGGGAGCUUUUUAACGAGGCCAACACAUUUUACAGUCGUGCAAACUCUCUGCAGGACCGUAUUGACCGCUUGGCAGUCAAAGUCACCCAACUGGACUCCAGCGUGGAGGAAGUGUCCCUCCAGGACAUAAACAUGAGGAAGGCCUAUCGAGGCGCUGCGGUCCAGGACCAGGAGGUUUUGUCCAAAGGCAGCACUCCCAGCUCUGUUGCUGAAAUGUAUGAGGGCUGUGACAGGCCUCCCCUUCUUGGUGCCCUCACGGCUUACAGGGAGGACUCCACCGACGCAAUGAAAUUCUACUCGGACCCGUCGUACUUUUUUGAUCUUUGGAAGGAGAAGAUGCUUCAGGACACCGAGGACAAGAGGAAAGAAAGGCGGAGACAACGGGAACAGAAGAGGAGCAUGGAGAGCAGCACCCUCCAGCGGGAGGUGAAGAAGGUGAGGAAGGCGCGAAACCGCAGACAAGAGUGGAACAUUAUGGCUUUUGAUAAAGAGCUCCGUCCAGAUCACCGCCAUCCAAAAACCCUUCGACGGGGAGCAUCGUCAGAAGGCUCUCUCUCUCCUGAUGGCAGGCCUGACCUUCUGGACUACCCAAUCCCUCCAGUACCUGCUCACGCUGUUUGCAACUAUGCCAGGUCCCAUGAUUACAUCCCAGGAAACGCACAUCCCUCACCACCUGUGGAGCACGAAUACCACAGCAUCGAUGUCAACUACAAGAGAGCAACUUAUGCUGCAGCAGAGCCCCGCAUUGCAGACAGAUUAAACGGUUCUGCAUGUCUGGCUGCAGACUGCACCUCCAUUCCUCCUCCUCCUCCCCCCCAAGGCCCACCACCCAUCCCAUCCUCCCAGACUGCAUUUGGCUUUCCACCACCACCCCUGAAUAGUGGAGCUGUGCACAUCGGACCAGGUUACCCACUGCCGCCGGUGCCUCCUCCGGGGCCACAUAUGGCGCCUCCACCUCCGGGUCCCCCUCCUCCACCUCUGCCUCCCCCAGCCGCGCCCUCACACCCACCAAGACGCAAUGAAACCAAACCGGUUAAAGAUGCCAGAAGUGAUCUGCUGUCAGCCAUUCGGAUGGGCAUCCAGCUGAAGAAAGUUCAAGAGCAGCAAGAGCAGCAGAACAAGAGGGAGCCCGUGGGGAACGAUGUGGCCACCAUCCUGUCCCGACGCAUUGCAGUUGAAUACAGUGACUCCGAGGAUGAUUCUGAGUUUGAAGAAAAUGACUGGUCAGACUGACCUUGCAUAAGCUGAAGCAUGUGAUUUAUAUGUACUUUUUGGGAAGCCUCUAAAAAAGGAAACUGAAUUGUGCUUGAACUUGUUUGGCUCCAUCUAGUGUGUAGACAGAGCCAUUUAUCUCACGUGCUUAUUUUGCACCUCUAGCAAAAUGCAUGAAUUAGAUGAAUAUUUACGUCUUCUGCAUGUAAAA